GACAGGAGGUGGCCAGCGAGGACGGGGGUUCUCUCCAAUCCCAGCUUCCUUUUGAUGCUCAGUUUUUCAGCUCCAUAUGUAGGUUCCUCCUGGGAGAGAAAGAGAAAGUGAGAGAGGAAAACAGGAGAAAGAGAGAGAGGCUCUCAGUUACUCUCUCAUUUUUUUGAAGAAGUUGAAGUUGUUCGGUUGGGCUGCUGUGAGUUCGCACAUCUGGAAGCUGUAGACACUGAGAAGGAAAAGAAGCUGGACACGGCACAGGCGGCCGAGGGAGACCAACAGCUGAGUCCCUGCAAGAGCCCAGUUGGAUGUCAGCAGAGAGAUGGCUUUGAGCUCAGCCUGGCGCUGCCUCCUGCCUCUCUGCCUCCUCUGGGGUGCUGCCUGCUCCAGCUCAGUGUCUAGAGGUGACCACGCUUUUGCCUUUGACUUUGAGGGGAGCACAGCCAUCGGCAGGCCAGACCCCCCAGAGACCAGCGAGCCCCGCCUGCAGCCAGCUGCCAAGAAAUGUGACCCUGGAUUCUUUCGAACAAGGUCAGGAGAAUGUUUGCCCUGUGACUGUAAUGGCAAUUCCAAAGAGUGCCUGGAUGACUCUGGCUUCUGUGUGCACUGCCAACGGAACACGACAGGAGAACAUUGUGAGAAAUGUCUGGCCGGUUAUAUUGGAGAUUCCAUCAGGGGCAUCCCCCAGUUCUGCCAGCCAUGCCCCUGCCCCCUGCCCCACGUGGCCAAUUUUGCUGAAUCCUGCUACUGGAAAAAUGGAGCUGUUAGGUGCAUUUGCAAUGAAAACUACGCUGGACCUAACUGUGAAAGAUGUGCACCUGGUUACUAUGGUAACCCCUUGCUGAUUGGAAGCACCUGUAAGAAAUGUGACUGCAGUGGAAAUUCAGAUCCCAACCUAAUCUUUGAAGACUGUGAUGAGAUCACUGGCCAGUGUAGGAAUUGUUUACGAAACACCACUGGAUUCAAGUGUGAACGUUGUGCCCCUGGCUACUAUGGGGAUGCCAGGAUAGCCAAGAACUGUGCAGCGUGUCGUUGUGGGGGAGGUCCAUGUGACAGCGUAACUGGAGAAUGCUUGGAAGAAGGCUUUGAAGCCCCUACAGGCACGGACUGCCCAACCAUAAGCUGUGACAAAUGCAUAUGGGAUCUGACUGAUGACCUGCGCUUAGCAGCACUCUCCAUUGAAGAAAGCAAAUCGGGUCUGUUGAGCAUAUCGUCCGGUGCAGCUGCUCAUAGGCACGUGAAUGAAAUGAACGCCACCAUCUUCCGCCUCAAAACAAAAUUAUCAGAAAGAGAAAACCAGUAUGUCUUAAGGAAGAUCCAAAUCAACAACGCUGAGAACACUAUGAGAAGCCUUUUGUCCGACAUGGAGGGAUUAGCUGAAAGGGGAAUCCAAGCCUCAAGAAAGGGUCAGCUGGCUCAGAAGGAAAGCACGGAUACUAUCAACCAUGCAACUCAGCUUGUAGAGCAAACUCACGAUAUGAGGGAUAAAAUCCAAGAGAUCAACAAGAAGAUGCUGUAUUAUGGAGAAAAGCAGGAACUUAGCCCUGAGGAAAUCUCUGAGAAGUUGGUAUUGGCCCAGAACAUGCUAGAGGAGAUCAGACGCCGUCAACCAUUCCUCACCCAACGGGAGCUUGUGGAUGAAGAGGCAGAUGAAGCCCAAGAACUGUUGAUCCAGGCUGAGAACUGGCAGCGGUUGUACAACGAUACUCGCUCCCUGUUUCCUGUUGUCCUGGAGCAGCUGGACGACUACGAUGCUAAGUUAUCGGACCUCCAGCAAUCACUUGACCAGGCCCUGGACCAUGUCAGGGAUGCUGAAGAUAUGAACAGGGCCACAGCAGCCAGACAGCGAGACCACGAGAAACAACAUGAGAAAGUGAGAGAAAAGACGGAAGGUGUGAACUCUUCUCUAAACCUGUCUUCAGACUCUCUGGCAACAGCUAAUCUGACUCUUUCAGAACUUGAUCAUAUAGUACAGUAUGCAUCAGGGAUUUAUGCUGAAAUCGAUGGAGCCAGAAAUGAACUGCAAGGGAAACUAUCCAACCUGAGCAACCUCAAUCAGGAUUUAGUCCAAGAAGCUGUUGACCAUGCUCAGAACCUUCAGCAAGAAGCUGAUGAAUUGAACAGGAAUUUGCACAGUUCAGAUAUGAAUGGGCUGGUCCAAAAGGCUCUGGAUGCUUCGAAUGUCUAUGAAAACAUUGCCAAUUAUGUUAAUGAAGCCAACGAAACAUCACAACUAGCUUUGAACAUCACGGACCGAAUUUAUGACGCUGUGAGUGGGAUCGAUACGCAAAUCAUUUACCACAAAGACGAAAGUGAGAGCCUCCUCCAUCAAGCCAGAGAACUGCGAGCAAGGGCCGAUUCUAGUAAUGAAGAGGCAGUAGCUGACACCAGCAGGCGUGUGGACGGAGCCCUAACAAAGAAAAGUGCCCUUAAGCACAGAUUAAAUGAUGCCAUCAAGAGACUUGAAGCAGCAGAGAGAGGUGAUGCCCAGCAGCGUCUGAGUCAGUCCACGCUAAUCACUGCAGAAGCAGCCAGGACCACCCUGAAAGUCCAGGAGGCCGCCACCCCGAUGACUGACAAUCUAACCCACUGGUCACAGAGUCUACAACACAUUGACUCUUCCACUUACAACACGGCAGUGGACUCUGCCAGAGAUGCAGUAAGAAAUCUGACAGAGGUAGUCCCCCAGCUCCUGGAUCAACUUCGUACAGUGGAGCAGAAACGGCCUGCAAGCAAUGUUUCUGCCAGCAUCCAGAGGAUCCGAGAACUCAUUGCUCAGACCAGAAGUGUCGCCAGCAAGAUUCAAGUCUCUAUGAUGUUUGAUGGCCAGUCAGCAGUUGAAGUCCACCCCAAAGCCAGGACAGAUGACCUGAAGACCUUCACCUCCUUGAGCCUGUACAUGAAGCCUCCUGUGAAGCAACCAGAAAUGAAGGGCAUCGAAGAUCAAUUUAUCCUGUACCUUGGAAGCAAAAGUGCCAAAAAGGAGUAUAUGGGUCUUGCCAUCAAAAAUGAUAAUCUGGUAUACAUUUAUAACUUGGGAAAUAAGGAUGUAGAGAUUCCCUUGGACUCCAAGCCUGUCAGUUCUUGGCCUGCUCACUUCAGCAUUGUCAAGAUUGAAAGGGUAGGGAAACAUGGAAAGGUGUUUUUAACAGUCCCAAGUCUAAGCAGCACAGCGGAAGAAAAAUUUAUCAAAAAGGGGCAAUUUACAGGCAGUGACUCCUUGCUGGACCUGGAUCCUGAGGACACUGUGUUUUAUGUUGGUGGUGUGCCUUCAGAAUUCAAGCUCCCUGGAAGCUUAAACCUGCCUGCUUUUGUUGGCUGUCUGGAAUUGGCCACUUUGAAUAAUGAUGUGAUCAGUUUGUACAACUUUAAGAACAUACAUAAAAUGGAUCCUUCCAAGUCAGUGCCCUGUGCCAGAGAUAAACUGGCCUUCACUCAGAGUCGAGCUGCAAGCUAUUACUUUGACGGCUCAAGUUAUGCUGUAGUGAGAGAUAUCACAAGGAGAGGGAAAUUUGGUCAGGUCACUCGUUUUGACAUCGAAGUUCGAACACAAGCAGACAGUGGCCUCGUGUUGCUGAUGGUGAAUGGCAGUAUGUUCUUCAGCCUGGAGAUGCGCAAUGGCUACCUGCAUGUAUUCUACGACUUUGGAUUUAGCAGUGGCCCUGUACAUCUUGAAGACACAAUGAAAAAAGCUCACAUUAAUGACGCCAAGUACCAUGAGAUCUCAAUAAUCUACCACAAUGAUAAGAAAAUGAUCUUGGUAGUUGACAGACGACAUGUCAAGAGCAUGGAUAAUGAAAAAAUGAAAAUACCUUUUACGGAUAUAUACAUUGGAGGGGCUCCCCCUGAAGUCUUACAGUCCAAGACACUGAGAACACACCUUCUGCUAGAUGUCAGCUUCAGAGGAUGCAUGAAGGGUUUCCAGUUCCAAAAGAAAGAUUUCAACUUGUUAGAACAGACAGAGACCUUGGGGGUUGGUUAUGGAUGCCCAGAAGAUGUUCUCAUAUCACGAAGAGCAUAUUUCAGUGGACAGAGUUUCAUUGCUUCCACUCAGAAAAUAUCCUUCUUUGACAGCUUUGAAGGAGGUUUUAAUUUCCGAACCUUACAACCAAAUGGGUUGCUGUUCUAUUAUGCUUCGGGGUCUGAUGUAUUCUCUGUUGCGUUGGACAAUGGAACCGUGAUCAUGGAUGUAAACGGAAUCAAGGUGAAGUCAGCAGAUAAGCAGUACAAUGAUGGACACUCUCACUUCAUUAUUACCUCUGUCUCACCCACAAGAUAUGAACUGAUGGUAGAUGCAAGUAAACUUGAGAGCAAGAACCCUACCAAAGGGAAAGCAGAACAGACACAAGCAGGCGAGAAGAAGUUUUACUUCGGUGGCUCACCCGUCAGUCCGCAAUUCACUAAUUUCACCGGCUGCAUCAGUAAUGCCUACUUUACCAGGUUGGAUAGAGAUGUGGAAGUGGAAGAUUUCCAGCGGUAUUCUGAAAAAGUCCACACAUCUCUUUAUGAGUGUCCCAUUGAAUCUGCACCCUUGUUUCUCCUUCACAAGAAGGAAAAAAACUCCUCAAAGCCAAAAACAAGUCAGAGCAAGAAGGGAGAUAAAAAUAAAGAUGCACCUUCAUGGGAUCUGGCUGGCCUGAAAUUCUCAGAACAGAACACUCCAACAGACACUCACUGUCACCUUUCCUCCAGUCCUAGAGCAAUAGAGCAUGCAUACCAGUAUGGUGGGACAGCCAACAGCCGCCAGGAGUUUGAACACUUAAAGGGAGAUUUUGGUGAAAAGUCUCAGUUUUCCAUUCGUCUGAAAACUCGUUCCUCCCAUGGGAUGGUCUUCUAUGUGGCAGAUGAGGAAGAGAAUGACUUCAUGACUCUAUUCUUAGCUCACGGUCGCUUGAUCUUCAUGUUUAACGUUGGCCACAAGAAAUUGAAGAUUAGAAGCCAAGAGAAAUACAAUGAUGGACUAUGGCAUGAUGUUAUAUUUACUCGGGAAAAGAGCAGCGGCCGAUUGGUGAUUGACGGUCUUAGAGUCCUAGAAGAAAGUCUUCCUCCUUCUAGAGCUGCCUGGAAGAUCCAGGGUCCUAUUUAUUUGGGAGGGGUGGCUCCUGGUCGGGCACUGAAAAAUGUCCAGAUAAACUCAGUCUACAGUUUCAGUGGUUGUCUCAGCAAUCUCCAGCUCAAUGGGGUCUCCAUCACCUCUGCCUCUCAGACGUUCAGUGUGACUCCUUGUUUUGAAGGUCCAAUGGAAACAGGAACAUACUUUUCAACAGAAGGAGGAUACGUCGUUCUAGAUGAAUCUUUCAAUAUUGGGCUGAAAUUUGAGAUUGCGUUUGAAGUUCGUCCCAGGAGCAGUUCUGGAACCCUUGUUCAUGGUCACAGCAUCAAUGGGGAGUACCUGAAUGUUCACAUGAAAAAUGGGCAGGUCAUAGUGAAAGUCAACAAUGGCAUCCGAGACUUUUCCACCUCAGUAACACCCAAGCAGAGUCUCUGUGAUGGCAGGUGGCACCGAAUUACAGUGAUCAGAGAUUCAAAUGUGGUUCAGUUGGAUGUUGACUCUGAAGUGAACCAUAUAGUUGGACCCCUGAAUCCCAAACCAGUUGAUAACAGGGAGCCUGUGUUUGUCGGUGGUGUUCCAGAAUCUCUGUUAACACCGCGCCUGGCCCCCAGCAAGCCCUUCACAGGCUGUAUCCGUCACUUUGUGAUUGACGGGCGCCCAGUGAGCUUCAGCAAAGCAGCCCUGGUCAGUGGUGCUGUGAGCAUCAACUCCUGCCCAGCUGCCUGACGGGGGAGAUCAACGCUGCUUCAGUAUGGAGUUCUUUAAAGCACUGAGAUAAACUCAAAGCCAGCUAGAGGGGCAGCUCCUCCUCCCUGGGCAAGUGUCCACCUAGUCAAGCAGGAACUAAAUUAAUCAUCAGGGACUGGAAGAUGAUUAUUUCUUAUUCCAAGUCUGACCUUGGAACCAAUUUGUCUGCCAUGGACAAUAAUCAAAGAGGUGUUAAGUGUAUUUGUAUUGAGAGUUCACUUCCUGCUGGUAAAAUUGUUUGUUUCUAAAAUAAAUUCAAAGGGAUUUUUCAGUACACACUGGCACAUAUUUGUAAGAGGCUGGUAGAUUCUCAGAUCCAGCCUUCUUUUGGGGAAGGUAACUUUGAAUCUAUGAAAAUGUCUUUGGUAUGCUUUCCUUUGUCCUAGAAAGAUUUAUUCAUUUACAUAAAUAUCUUAAAUCAUAUGGUAGAAUUGCUUUUAGCACUUUUGUUUAGACUAUCACUAUAGUAAGAAUAUUUUUGGCUAAUAGCAUUUUUUAAGUUUUAAUAAAAUUAAUUUCUAGUACAUUUUUUUUAAA